GCAAUAUGAACAUACAUUUCGUAAACAAUAAGUACAACAUUAUCAAAUAUUUUCCGAGAUAGUUCACUUGUUAUCUGUAAUAUAGUAUAGCUUGAAAUCGUGACAUUACGUACUUUCGAGGAAUAGGCAGGGUUUUCAACAUUUGAUGCGUUCAAGACAACUGGGACCUACGUGGUCAAAUCACAACGUUAGUAAUCUUCAAGUCGGAACGUCGGAGCUCUAGAAAGAGGCCCGAAUUACCGAGGCGGAAUUGUUAGUUGGAUGACCGUUCAAAACUAUUUUCUCAGUCAGAGCUAGUUUUUUCCAAGUUAACAGUUGUUUGAACGCGGCAUCAUACCCUGAUUUUGAUAAGGGAUUGUGUGACGAUUACACAAUUGUUCGACAGUCUGCUGGUGAGGCGUUAUACGUUCCUCCAUUCCAUUUUCCAAUGGGAUUCCUAUCUCCUCCUUUCCUUAAUAUAUCUGUCCUCAUGCAGGGUAACCGACUAAUCUGAUUGGCGAAUGACCACUCUUGUCCAAUCAAAUUCGAUAAGGAUGAGCUCGUCGUUGACAACUGAAACGAAGGAAGUCUCGCGUUAUUUAAUGAACGUCAACUCAUUUGCGUCAGUCCCAUGAUGGCUGAAGAUCCUGGAGGAACAUUUUUCGAUUGCUGUCCCACCUUUUUCUCUUUCUCUUUACCUCUGCUUGUCAUAGAGACAUGGCAGGACACACAGCCUCGAUAAGUGGCCACAGACCCCUCUUACCGUCAUGCCCAAGAAAGGGAACCGAAAACGGCUGAAAUUUCGGUCCGGGGACAUCUGCUCCGAGUCAGUGACUGUCGCUGAUUUUGCCAAUGCUGACCCAGCUGUUGUGAAGUCGGGGAGGGUGAAAAAGGCUGUUGCCAAUGCAGUUGAAAAAGAAGUGAAGUUGUUGUGUGGACUGGAGGCGUCGCAGGGUUCCUUACAGGAGGUGUUCUCAUCAGUGUCCAGCCUCACCGGAGACGCCCUUGAGAGUAGCGACGACCUCGACCCCGGGGAGGAUGGAGUGAACGAGCCUAAAGAGGCACGCAAGAAGAAAAACAAGAGAAGGAAAGAGUGUAGUGAGUGCAGUGAUGGGGAGGACUACACAGUGGAUAUCUGGCUGGUGCUGGCUUCCUAUAUCCGUCCAGAGGAUGUGUGUACGUUUGCUCUGAUCUGCAGAAACGCCUGGACCGUCACCUGCACUGCUGCCUUCUGGACCAGACUAUACAAAAGACACUACAGUCUGGAUGCUUACCUGCCGUUUCGUCUGCAGCCAGACUCCAUAGCAAGGAAGCGUUGUCUACGGGCUCGCGUAAUUCGCUCCCUCUUCCACCUGUAUGAGCCAUUCAGCUCACGUGUCUCCCUAAGCCCCGCCCUCCCCGAGUCCCCAUCCACCACGCUACUUAACUCCAAGUGUCUGCUCUUCUGGGUCAAUAAGGUUGUGGGCACUCGACCUGAGCCCAUGUGGGAGUUCAACUUCAAGUUUGUGAAGCCGGCGAUGAGGUGUAAGGCUGACAGUGCCACCCGGGGUCUGCUGCUGCCCCGUCAGUAUGAGGAGGUCCAUGCCAACCCAGACUCAGACUGCUACCUGCUGCAGGUCACCACCCUCAACUUCAUCUUUACCUCAAUUGUCAUGGGGAUGACCCUUUCCCUGUUUAACGUCAAUGUGAAUGCGGACAUGCGUCACCACAGAGUGUGUCUGGUGUUCCAGGACUCUCCUCUCCAGCAGGGGAGGAGGAAAGGGGAGCAGGGGGGGACACAGGUGGUGCUGGACCCUGUACACAGCGUGAGACUCAUGGACUGGUGGCAUCCUCAGUACCCUUCAUCCCCCUACACCUAGAACCCUCAUAUUAUCCCACAUGCUCCACACAUCACCCAUUUAGUCCUAGAAAUCACUGUAACCGUCUGCUCGUACACCUAGAACAUUUACAUCUACAUUUAAGUCAUUUAGCAGACGCUCUUAUCCAGAGCGACUUACAAAUUGGUGCGUUCACCUUAAGACAUCCAGUGGAACAGCCACUUUACAAUAGUGCAUCUAAAUCUUUUAAGGGGGGGGUGAGAAGGAUUACUUUAUCCUAUCCUAGAACGCCCAAAACCAUCCACAAUACAGUCUCCCUGUACACCCAGAACCUUGCUUCACCUCACCCUUCUCCAGCCCCCAACACGGAGUCCUCUAGUGUAUUAUUUACAUCCCCCUACACCAAAAACCACCUACCUCCUCAGUACCCUAGCUCUCUAUAGACAAACCCUCAACUUCCAAUCCCCCUCACAUUGCCUACCCUCAGACCACCCUAUAAGUUUGUUGAACAGAUGUAGACAAUGUCAUUUCUUUUAAUAUUUCCUCUCUGUAACUGUGACCUCUUUAAGGGACUUUUGAUUUCACUUAUUGAUUUGACUAUUCUACGGGCCAAAAUUAUGAUUUGCUGCUUGCGUAAUUAUUUGAUUUGAUACCUCUAAUCAUUGCUUACUUUUAAAUUGUAAUUUUUAAAACCCCACCUCCUGAUUCAUCCCCUGUGUAUUCUCCUCAGGAAGUAAUGUCAGUUCUGAGGCUGCUGCAUUGUAGCGGAGCAGCAUUUUAUAUCCUGCCUCUGUCUGUUAGAAUGUUUAUGAACACCAGGAGACCAGUCGUUUGUAAACAAUGACCAGUAGAAACAUGUCAAUCAUGCUUAAUUUCUAAAAAAAGGGGCGUAUUUGAAGAAUCAACAUAUAAUACCCACAGGAAACUAUUUCAGUUCUACUAUUUACUCAAUCGUCCAAUCAAAAUUCAUUUAAGAACAUUUGUGUUUGAAUUCAGAAGUUUAUCGUGUGUAGUGCAAAGCUUUUUGUUGAUGAUCAGACCUGAAAUUGCUUUAUUGUAAAUACAUGUAUAGCUGAUUGACCUUGUGAAGGACAUGUAUACAUGUUUGGCUGUGAGAGCCAUCCAUAACAUCAUUCCGCAUGUAAAGUCUGGAAGCUGUCUGUAUGUGAUCUGAUUGUUUGGCCAACCUCCUGCACUGUAAUACAACUGUAAAGAACCCCUUCCAUACUUCUCUAUCAAUACAAAUGGGGUUUCUUACUA